GACCCAGCUGGGAUCUUUGAGCUGGUGGAACUGGUUGGAAACGGCACCUAUGGGCAGGUCUACAAGGGUCGCCAUGUCAAAACAGGCCAACUGGCUGCCAUCAAGGUCAUGGAUGUCACCGGGGAGGAAGAAGAGGAGAUUAAAGCUGAGAUCAACAUGCUGAAGAAGUACAGCCACCAUCGGAACAUCGCCACUUACUACGGCGCCUUCAUCAAGAAAAACCCUCCAGGAAUGGACGACCAGCUAUGGCUGGUGAUGGAGUUCUGCGGAGCCGGCUCGGUAACAGAUCUGAUCAAAAACACCAAGGGGAACUCUCUGAAGGAGGAGUGGAUCGCCUACAUCUGCAGGGAGAUCCUGAGGGGUCUGACCCAUCUCCACCAGCACAAGGUGAUCCACAGAGACAUCAAGGGCCAGAACGUUCUGCUGACGGAGAACGCAGAGGUCAAACUGGUGGACUUCGGUGUGAGCGCUCAGUUGGACCGGACGGUGGGCCGGAGGAACACGUUCAUCGGGACGCCAUACUGGAUGGCCCCCGAGGUCAUCGCCUGCGACGAGAACCCAGACGCCACGUACGACUUCAAGAGUGAUCUGUGGUCGCUCGGCAUCACAGCCAUCGAGAUGGCAGAGGGAGCGCCACCUCUGUGUGACAUGCAUCCAAUGAGAGCGCUCUUCCUCAUCCCCAGGAAUCCUGCCCCGAGACUCAAAUCUAAGAAGUGGUCGAAGAAGUUCCAGUCGUUCAUAGAAAGCUGUCUGGUGAAGAGCCACAGCCAGCGGCCGAGCACCGAGCAGCUCCUCAAACACCCCUUCAUCAGAGACCUCACCAACGAGCGGCAGGUCCGGAUCCAGCUGAAGGACCACAUCGACCGCACCAAGAAGAGGAGGGGGGAGAGGGAUGAGACCGAGUACGAGUACAGCGGCAGCGAGGAAGAGGACGAAGAGAGGGACGUCGGAGAGCCCAGCUCCAUCAUCAACAUCCCCGGGGAGUCCACUCUGAGGCGGGACUUCCUGCGCCUCCAGCUGGCCAAUAAGGAGCGCUCGGAGCUGAUCCGGCGCCAGCAGCUGGAGCAGCAGCAGAACGAGGAGCACAAGCGCCAACUGCUGGCCGAGAGGCAGAAACGGAUCGAGGAGCAGAAGGAGCAGCGGCGGCGGCUGGAGGAGCAACAACGACGGGAGCGGGAGCUGAGGAAGCAGCAGGAGCGGGAGCAGAGGAGGAGGUACGAGGAGAUGGAGCAGCUCCGCCGGGAGGAGGAGCGAAGGCACGCAGAGAGAGAGCAGGAGUAUAUCCGUAGGCAGCUGGAGGAGGAGCAGAGGCAGCUGGAGAUCCUGCAGCAGCAGCUCCUGCAGGAGCAGGCUUUACUGCUGGAGUACAAGAGGAAGCAGAUCGAGGAGCAGCGGCAGGCGGAGCGGCUGCAGAGGCAGCUGCAGCAGGAGCGAGCGUACCUGGUGUCUCUGCAGCAGCAGCAGCAGGAGGCGCCGCGCCCCCCGCAGGACAAGAAGCAGCUGUACCACUACAAGGACCAGGCGCCGGGCAGCAACGACAAGCCCGCCUGGGCCAAGGAGGUGGAGGAGCAGUUUAAGAUGAACAGACAGACUUCUCCUACGUUUCAGCAUAAAGUCUCCAACCGGAUCUCCGACCCGGCUCUGCCGCCUCGCUCCGAGUCCUUCAGCAGCGGAGGGAUCCAGCAGGCCCGGACUCCGCCCAUGCACCGCUCCGUCGAGCCGCAG